UUGGUGGUGAGAUCGAUGAAGUGGCAGGCAGAGGGAAGAGGAGGAGGAGGAGGAAAAUCUCACGAGAUAAUGAAAGAAAAAGAGGAGAGCUUGCUAGUGUAGAGCAAAGAAAGAAGAAGAAGGAAAAAAAAAACCGAGGCUAGACCUGGAGAUUUUUUAGAGUGGGAAAACAAAGACCGGGAAAAAAGGGGGAACGAAAGCAGCGAGAGAGGUUUCGUGCUGUAACCGCAGAUGGUUUUUGCACUCUGGUUUUGGUGAAUGUAGCACCCCGGGGCGCAGCGGACCAAUUGUGUGAAUCUGCAGGGCUGCUUCGGCGACACAAUCGGGAGAGAUGCACAGGAGGGACAACAGCCGCGGACGCGCUCUGAGAAGUGGAUGUUAAAGGCACAAAAGCGAGGCUUCUGCCGAGGAACACAGCUGAGCACCAAAGAGAGCAGAGUGCUGAUGCAGGAGCGAGAAUAAGAAAAUACAAAAAAUCACAGUAAAAGCUCCCGAUGCUGUUGCGACCUCGUUUCCUGGGAGUUUGAGGGAGUUUGAAGACAGUACUUAACGUUAUCAGAUAAUUAAUUAGACAUCCCAUAAGCCCGGAAAUCAAUUAAUUCACAAAUCAAUAAAUCCAUAGUCUGGUGUAACAAGAGACCUUCCAGACUGUUAGCCCGGCUGCUGAGCAACAACAACAAGAGAAGAGCAACAACACAACAGGGGCGAGAAAUACGCAUUUAUUUGCUGAAACUGAAGAUGGAUGGGAGUCUAGGGGAGAUGUCCCUCCACAGUCACUCAGAUCUGGCUCACAGCCAGGACGGCAGGGCCAUGCUGCACUCCCGGGACCUCUCAGCUGCUUUCCCCAGGCCUUCCCUCGGGGGCUCCUCCAUGUCUCUGGAGCCGGAACCUCGUCCACCGGGCUUCGACCACUCCAUGUCGGCGCUGGGCUACAGCGGCGACUCCCCGUCCAGCUCUGGCAGCACCUACACCACCCUGACCCCACUGCAGCCCUUUGACGACAAGUUCCACCACCACCACCAUCACCACCACCCCUGCCUGCCCGUCAGCAACGUCAUUGGCAGCUUCACCCUCAUGCGCGAGGACCGAGGCCUCAGCACCAACUUCUACAACCCCUAUGGCAAGGACCUCGCCAUGUCCCAAAGCCUGUCGCCCCCCUCCACAGGUUCAGGCCUGGGCUCCUCCAUGCACGGCUAUGGCAGCCUGGGUAACAGUCCCAAUGGCAACGGUGGCCAGAUGCUCCAUGGUGGCUACGACGUCCACGGGGGGAGCUUGUUCUGCCGGACAUCGGAUUUUGGCCGCGAGAUGUCACCACCGGGCCUAGGAGGAGGCGAGGUGUCAGUGGGGCAUCAGUUGAAUAAAAUGGAGGCUCACCAGCAUGCCGCGGGCCACCACCCUCACAUCUACAGCCAGCACUACCAGCCCCACCAUCACCCGAGCCAGCAGGCCUCCAAGAUGGGUGAGCACCUGCACUCAACGUCGUCCGCCUCGUCCUCGCCCGGCGAGGGCAUGCUGUCGGGCUUGCAGGGCGGAGGCAGCACCGGGGAGGAGAUCAAUACCAGGGAUGUGGCCCAGAGGAUCAUCACUGAGCUGAAGAGGUACAGCAUCCCCCAGGCCAUCUUCGCCGAGAGGGUUCUGUGUAGGUCACAGGGCACGCUGUCUGACCUCCUGAGGAACCCCAAGCCCUGGGGCAAGCUCAAGUCCGGCCGCGAGACCUUUAAGAGGAUGUCCCGCUGGCUCCAGGAGCCCGAGUUUCAAAGAAUGGCCUCGCUCCGGCUGGAGGCUUGCAAGCGGAAGGAGCAGGAGCAGAGCAAGCUGGAGCGCAACCAGGGCCCAAAGCGCACCAGGCUGGUGUUCACGGACCUGCAGCGGCGCACGCUCAUGGCCAUCUUCAGGGAGAACCACCGCCCGACCAAAGAGCUGCAGGUCACCAUCUCCCAGCAGCUGGGCCUGGAGCUCUCCACCGUCAGCAACUUCUUCAUGAACGCCCGCCGACGCAACCUCAACAAGUGGGCGGACGAGGGCCGUCCCUCCUCCACGGGUUCCUCGGGCUCCAGCGUCUCCUCCUCCGCAGUGUCCUGCAGCACGGCGUGAUGACGGACCGCCGAGGAGGUGCGGUGGGGAGGGCGCCUGAGGGAGCAAGGGGGCACAUAGACUGGUCUAGGCAGAGAUCAGCCGUAAUAAAUGUCCUCCUCGUUAUCAGAAGGAGCGACGGAGCCAGCUAUUAUACAUGAUAUUAUGAAGAUGAAGCAUUUUCCCAAACCAAAGUCGAUCACUCCCUUGAAAUGGAAGGGGGGCGAUACCCAGAGUGAUAUGACCGCAGGAUGCGAGGUCCUGCUUUGUAUAGUCAAGGGUGCAAAGAUGAUUUGACUCAUAGAAGAGUCACACCCUUACAUAGACACCAUCUCAUUGCAUUAUUUUGAUUAUGUAGAUUAGAGAUAAUGAGGGUAUUACAAAUCAGGAGGAAGCAUAUUUUGGUGUACCUUCAGAUCUAUAGUCAUCUCUCCAAAUGUGAAGAAUCAAGAGGUGCCGUUUGCUCACACCUGGAGAGCUCCAUCGUGUAACUUCUUAAUCAGAACUGUUCACCAUCAUCCAAAGACGUUAAUCCUUCCCCCAAUGUUCUUAUGGUCCUGUUUUUUCCUCAAGAAUCAAGGUGAAAGAGGAAGAAGAGGCUUUUUUUUUUUUGUGUGUUUUGUUUUUUAACUUAACCAUUUUUUUUCUGAAGAACCUGAUUUCCCUUUCUUAGCAUGUGUUUCCAUGGUGAUGGUUCCCAGGUCUGUGUGGCGUUGUUCCAAGUUUGGAAUUAUCCGGAGGGUUCUGUGGCGUCCGUGACUCCCAGCUGUCAAUCAUUCACCAUCCAACAGGAGCCUUUCCUGUACUCCUGCGAAGACGCUCCCGCCUCGAAUGAAUCAGAGUUUUCGAGGCGGGGGGGGGGGAGGGGACCGCAGUGCAUCUCGCCGUACGCCAGGACAGAAUCAAUAAACACAAGAAGGACGCAGAAAACAGACUCGUUGGUGCAAACGUCUAAGCUUUAAGACUCUCACUGAGCUUCCAAAUGAAAGCUCCACAGCCAUUUUUUUUGACUCAAAAAUCAAGCCAAAAAAAACAAAAAAAGAAGAAAAAAUGAAAGACAGCCUUUGAACACAAAGGCUCCGCGGGGAAGAGGUAAACCUGACACAAUGUAUAGUGACAUUGUAGUAUUUUUUCCACUCAUUUCCAAACAACUGUACACACCUCUGCUCCAUUAUGAAAUCUUUUUUUUACAGAUGUCUAGAAAAAUGGAGGAAUGUGAUUCUUUCAGCCCUUUUUGUACAGAUUUCAAGCACAUCGCUCUAUUUAUAGAAACACAUUGGAAGUGCGGGGCAGUUUGUUUCAGCCCUGCUGACAUACAAGGUCAUUUUUUGGUCCACAAAGGAACGGCUUUAACAUGCCUCCUUAUAGCCAAUAGUUAAAUCAAACCAAGAACGUUUCAAAUGCAAUUGCUGAUCUGAUCAACGUAUUUAUUACUGCAUUUGUGUAUUUAUUGUUUUCCCUUUUUUCUUUCCUCUUUCUAUUUAUUUGGUUAUUUAUUUAUGCUAUCUAUAUACUGUAAGUAUUUAUUUAACAAUGCUCUGUAUGUCUGUGUGAAACUGAAGACUUUUUUCUGAUGGGCACUUUUAGCUGUAGAAUCCCAUCGUAAUACCAAAGAUUAACAUUGCCUCCCUGAAUGUACGGCCUGAAUCCCUAAACCCUGUACCCGAUCCCAACCCGAUCCAGCCCGACCCACCCAGUGAUGUUACGUAUCUCUCUCUAUCUUUAAGGCCUGGCCUUUGUUUUUGUUUUUUUGUUGGUUUUUUUUUUUUGGUUUUUGUUUUUUUUUUGUAGAAUAAUGGGGAUUUCUUUACUCUUGCAAAUGUCUCUGCGGUCAGCUCUUAAUGCCAAGGCCAAAGCUUGUUUGAAUGUUGUGCUAAUAUUUAUAAUUAAUAACACUAUGAAUAAUAACAAUGAAGAUGUGGCAUCCCAUAGGUUCACAGGUUGCUUGUAAAGUUGUGUUCAGACCAAUGCCAUCUGGCGGACUGUGUAAAGUGUCUGGGGACCCACUUAAAGCGCCGUCCGAAGGCCCAAUUGAGUGUGAGUCCUUCAGGGUCACAUGCAAACAUGCGUACUGUGUGUCUGCCUGGGGAAAUGCAUGGUUGUGACCCCCCCCCCCCCCCCCCAUCUCCCUCACCUGCCCCCCCCCCCCCCCUUCCUCCACAGUGCAGUGCAGACAGUCUUGUCUAUGUCCAGCUCAGUGUGAUCUCACUGUCCUCCACAUGCCAAGCCCUUCUGCCAGUUGUCUCAGUUCCAUGACGGUUCAUUCCUGGACUUUUGGGGUGUAUGGGGGGGGGGGGUUCUUGGGGUAUGUUCCUAGGUUUCUGGAGGCUUUGGCCCUCUGGUUUGUUUCUCAUAUUUUGAAGGCCUCUUAGGCUUGCAGGGUUUGUCCGUGGACCUCUUUGUGUCUUGGGGUUUGUUUCUCGUCUUGCAGGAGUCUCUGAUUUUGUCACAGGUCUUUUGAGGUUCGUAGGGUUCGUCCAGGGGUUCAUUGCUGGUCAUCUGGGGUUCUGGGGUCCUCUAAGGUCCUUAGGGUUCCUCCUGCAACUUGCACAGGCAUAAAUGGCUUUGAUUUUCCAACGUUUUGCCUGGUGAACGCCUAAAUCACCCACGAUCUGAUUCUCUGACCCCUGUGUAAAUGCUGCCAAAGAGUGGCGAGGCUAGCUUGGUCGUUUUCCACCCUCUCUCUCUCUCUGUCUCUUUACCUCUGUCUCUCUUUCUCUGUCUUUAACGUUGGAAGGGGUGGAUUGCCGGGCCCCCUUCACAGCGUGCACUUGAAAGACGGGCGGUCAUGAAAGAGGCCAUCGACUUUUUCGCGGACUUCAAAGAGAAGGCUUUUUUCAUCCCGUCUCCUCUCUGGGUAUCUGGUCUGGGGUCCGCUCUUGGCCAGACCUGUGGGCUUUAGGGGGCAUUCAAAGGGGGCGGGGGGAGAUCAGAGAGGAGGCUGAAUCAUCCAGAAUGAGGAUAGUGGUAGUGGUGUGUGUG